CCUGCUGUCAAAGCUGACUGCCACACCACUACCUUAGCUACUACUGGGCCUGGACCACAUAUCCUGAUCCAGACCUCAGCGGCCAAAAAAUAAGAUUUAGCAUCUCAGUGGAAUUUCAACAAAAAGGAGAAGAUUUUGGAUUGCUUGGAUCAGGUCUGACCUGCACAUCCACCCCAGACUAGGGUGUCCCGUAUUAUUGCAUCAGGAAUUUUAAGGGACCACAGAAGGAAAUUUUCGAGGUGACGUUUAAAAAGAAAUGUCUAUGUCAUCUCCAUCUAUCAAAGAAAAAGAUAGCCCAUAUCUCCAACAAAGAGAUGAAGGGGAAAGUGAGCAGACCGAAGAUAUCAUGGAUGACUCGGCAAGUUCAUACUACACUGCACUUUGUUCUCUGAGUGAGUACAGUGAAGCUGCAGAGGACAACGCACAAACUCUCUCUGCAGAGCAUCCUACUAAAGGUGGCUCAUUUGAGUUCUUGGAUCGUGCUACCCCUAUGGAAGGCAUCACUUCAAGAUCCUUUAUCAAAGACACCACGCUAUCACAAGACUACGAAACACAAGAAGAGAAGGGUACAGAAGUGCUUCCUGAGGUAUCCCAAGGUGAACAGGAUAAAUCUUCAUCAUCUGAGAGUGAUUCCCUUGUGUUAGAAUUUGAGUCAAAACAUCUGCUGUCGGGUACAACAAUAUCAAAUGUGGAUUUGCAGUCUGUAAAUGCAGUCUUUAGAAACCCCAUACAAAAGCAGGAUAAUUCCAACGAGCUUAAUUUAUCAGGAAAAGAUUCAUCAGUUAAGCCUAGGGAUUAUUUUGGAGGCAGCGAGACCGUAUUUCACACUAACAUUAGAACCGCUGAGGAGCACAUCUCCCCAGAACCCAGAUUCACUUCAAACACUAUUUUGAUAGCGCCUGAGAGAAAUCAAUACAGGGAACAGGAGCAUGGUGGCACAGAGCCAAAAGAGUACCACGCGACACAAAAGCAAAGACCCAGAGAAGGUCUGAGUGCACCCUGGGCUGAAUGCAGGCUUGUGAGUGGGAGGCAUAUUCUGGGUCAUAUGGGAAAGGAGGGGGAGGGGCAGAGUAGAGGGGUGAGUUGCAGAAAGGAGCAGGCUGACCUGUCAGUCAGGUCUAGAAAUAGAAAAGCGUCUGCAAACUGCAUCUCAACACUCACAGCCAGCAAGCAGGAGUCAAGAAUCCCGCCACACUGUUAUUCAGAGCGUAUCCCCGCAACCAGGCACCAACACCAGCUACAGAGUCUCGCUGAUACUCGGAGGUUGGAAAAGCAGAGCCGGCAAGGCGUCUGGCAGUCCAGACCACUCUCCCGCACGCUGUGUAGCAGCUCUUGGCAACCUUGCCACAUUACAGACAAUACCAGAGGAUCAACCAGCAUGGGAACAAAACUCGCUGAGGCCAGUAGUAAGGUGGGGGGCCUUGUUAACAUGGCCCAGGUAAGAUCUUCCUGUUCUGAAACUGACAUGCAUGUUUUCAGUUCAAGCUGUAGGCCCUCAAGUCAGCUCUCUACUGACGGAAACGACAACAAUUGGACGGAAGAUGUACUCUCUUUCAAAAUGCAGAUGUAUUCAAACACUCAAAACACAUCCGCUUGCUCAGAAUCCAGCAGCUUUGAGUGUGUUGACGUAGCGUUGGAAACCACAGAUGAAGUAAACCGAGGCUUAAAGACUGUUCCCAAAAGGGAAAUCCAACUGAAGAGACGGGACACAGCAGAGUCACACGUCAGAGAGAACAACAAUCAAACCCUUCAGGUUCCAAACACAACUGUACGUGCUCGAGACAUAUUUCAGCGUCAGCAUAGCACCCCUGCAGCAUUUAACCAGGAGUCUCACAUGGCUGAUCAAAGGUCAGUACAGGCUGAACGAAAGAAAAGGCUUCAGAAGUCAUUUUCCCUGGAUGAAACGUCCAGCAAAACCCAAAUGGCUUCCUGCAUCAUUACAAGUGUCCUAUCAAAAAAGAUGCAACAUGAACAGAAUCUUCGCACCUUGGAUGUUUCUGAUAAAGCUUUUUCUUCUACCAAAGUGAACAACAGGACUACUACCACUGAUGAAUGCCUGUCUGGCAAGGAUGUACAUGCCGAAACUACCAAGCUAACUCAAAGUGCUACUCUUAAGAGGGAGGCCCAGACGGAGUGCAGCUCUGUUCAAAAGCAUUGCAGUGUUAAUUCUAAAACCCAACCCAAACUGUUAAGCAAACAUGGGUUCAAUUCUCUUUUAAGUGGAACUGGCAGGUCUGAAGUUCAAGGCAGUGGCACUGAAAUAACUGACCCUUCAGAGAAUGAGAAAGCAGAGAAGCUGAACCUAAGAGAGGAAGUGUUGCGGCUGCCUAACCUGAGCCCUGGAGUGAAGCUAUCCUGUGACUCAGCAAAGGGCAGAGCGUGGAACUCGAGUCCAGCAUCAAAUGUAGCCCUCAGCACACAGGCCUCUGUGAAAACCACACCUGAAGAAUGCCAUACAGGGCAAGCAAUCCAUAAACAACACAAUAUGUCCCUAACCAAUGUGCUGGAAAAGCAGGAGCAAAAGGCUGGCAGCAUGGAAAGUACACUUAGUCCUACUAAUAUUGCAUGCCUAAUCUCUGAUUUGGAAGCAAAUACAGUGGAUAAUACAAUCCCCCAAGUUGACGAGGGUGGUGUUGGGAAGAAGCAGGAGAGUGAAAGAGAGGACGCCAAGUCACAAGGACAGUUUGCAAGCCUAGGUAUGCAAACUCAAGGCAAAUUGAAAGCUAUGGCCCCUGUGCAUGUAGUAAGAGACAUGAGGAGCCUGGUGAAAAACACAUACAAUAUGCCCUUUAAGGGCCCAGCGGAAUUAGCCAAUGGAAUAGAUGGGAGUGCUCCUUUGUUUCAGCCAUCGAUACACAAUCUAAGCAACAACAAGAGUGAAGGAAAGGGAAAGGGAUACAGACAAGAUGAAAAACCCCUGGUGCGGAAAGUCACACCUCCUCUUCCACAGGACAGAAGAAGAGAUCACUCUGCACGAUGCUCAACGAAGGCAAUGGCUCAUGUGGAAUCAAAUGACAAAAGUCACACUGUUGGAUUCACAAAGGUCAGCCAAAUUAGUGUAACCAAGGCAAACAGUUGUGCCUUGUCAAAACCGUCAGAGACACAGGAUAGCCAAGUUGGCAUGAGUAAACCUGAUGUUCUAGUCCCUGAGUUAAACUUGAAACCAACAAACAGGACAGACCUGGCACUGCAAACUAGAGAAGAGACUUCCACAGAAGAGCCUCCAAAAAGAGACUUGAACAAAGCUGAGCAUGAGAUGACCAUCAGCUCUGACAAAGAUCAACUUCUCCCAGUAGCACUGCAAUAUUGUUCAUCCACAGCAAGUUCUGAGCAACAGGACCAUGGCAGGAUAAUCAGCGAUGGCCUCCAGACACCAUGCCUUCCUCCCAGGUCACAAAGUUCAGUGGGGCCUCUGUCUCCUUGCGUCCUAACAGUUACUUCAACACCCAUGGUUCCCUCAUAUUAUUACAAACCCAGUCCGAUGGGUUACCAAACAAUCUCUCCUCAUAUUGGAGCAGUUCAUGGCUACGUUCAAGGGCCUGUCUUGUUUCAAACACCCCUUUAUAACCAGCCUCCUGCAUCAAACAGUCAUACCCCCCUACUGAGAUCCCUCUCUGAGGAUGGAAAAUUCCUAGUCCAGCCAACAGAUGGCUCAACCAGUCAAGCUCAGAACAAAGAAGCAGGGCUGAAAAUACCAUCUCCAGAAAGCCAACACAACACAAUCUUUGUUGCUCCCAUGAGUGGAGAGGCUAGGCUUGGGGGUAUGCUGUAUCCAGAAGCAGGAGGAAGUAUAGCAGCAGGACAAAACCCUCGCCAACUGUUGCUAGACCCGGAAACUGGCCGCUAUUUCUAUGUAGACAUGCCUCAGCUGCCACAGCGCAAAAUGCUGUUUGAUCCAGAAACUUGCCAAUAUGUAGAGGUCGUACUGCAACAGCAGACCCUUCCCAGUGCUGUUUUGCCUACACCCUGUGCCAUACCCUUUGCCUCUCUUCACAUCCCAACCAUGUACAACCCACAGUGCUUACCUUAUGUACAGUCACAUCCUCAGGUGCUCCCGCCAUCAGGACCAUGAAACCUGAUGGGACCUAUAGACUGUAGAAGAUAACAAGUCAUGCCCAAGGAUCAGAUUACCCAGUGCCUAGUGCUGGAUAAGAGCUGUUUAUAAGCUACUGAAUGAGUGAAACAUGUUGACCAUCUGCUGCCCAGGCCUCAAGGCAUCAAAGCUGAAAGCAUAUUCUGUUAUCACUGAACUCAACACUUCUUACUCUCUAAAGGCUACCUCUGGACUUGGCAACUGAGGGUCGGCGAGACUGAUUAUAUCUGUUGAAAUGUUGUAAGAUGCAUAUGCAUUCACACAUUCAGGCUACAUAAACAGAGCAGGGGCUUUAAAGGGAGAAGGGCUCAGAUCACCUCUGGUAUGGGCAAUUGAGACUCACCAAGGGACCUGAGUAUCCUGAGCUUGUUUAGCAUGUAUGACAAAGGUCACUAUUUUGUUAUUGUAAAUAGUAUAUAUAUUUACUAAAUGGCAGUUUGAGCAAAACCAUGGCUCUGUUUCAUGUAAAUUAUGGCUUACCCAAGCAUUUUCUGAUAACACUUUAGUUUUUCACAUUUGAAACUUAUAUAAAUGGCAUAUUAGGGUCUCAAAUUAAAUUUUUACUCAGAAAAAAUUUGAUGUGAACUGCUUUUAAACUGAAUUUGCCCGAGAAAUUGGUUCAUUGUUCACCUAUUUAUGAGAGUCCUUUGCUU